CCGCCCAUUGUUUUCACUUCCGGUUUGGGCGGAGGGGGCGGCGUGGUGCCGCUGCCGGAGAAGGGAGGAAGCGGGAGCCCACCGGGGAUGGUGCUGGCGGCGGCGCGAGCUCCUGGCCUGCGACAGGCGAGUCGAGAGCGUCUCCUCCAGAUUGAAUAUAGCAGUAAUGCUAACACUGGCAAGCAAACUAAAACGGGAUGAAGGUGUCAAGGGGCCCCGUACAUCCAACCCAGCUUCUGAUUCUACUCGAAGAGUUUCAGUUAGAGAUAAAUUGCUUGUUAAAGAAGUUGCAGAACUUGAAGUAAAUUUACCUUGUACAUGUGAAGUGAACUUUCCUGACCCAAAUAAACUCCAUUACUUUCUCCUAACUAUAAACCCAGAUGAAGGUUAUUAUCAAAAUGGAACAUUUCAGUUUGAAAUUGAGGUUCCUGAUGCAUAUAAUAUGGUGCCUCCCAAAGUAAAAUGUUUGACUAAAAUCUGGCAUCCAAACAUUACUGAAGCUGGAGAAAUCUGUUUAAGUUUAUUGAGAGAACAUUCAAUUGAUGGCACUGGCUGGGCUCCAACUAGAACUUUAAAGGAUGUUGUUUGGGGAUUAAACUCUUUAUUUACUGAUCUCUUGAAUUUUGAUGAUCCUUUGAAUAUUGAAGCUGCAGAACAUCAUUUACGUGACAAGGAGGAUUUCCGGUCUAAAGUUGAAGAUUACAUUAAGCGCUAUGCAAGAUGAUGAAGGGAGAUGGAGACAAGGCCACCGCUUGCAUAUGCAGUGUUGGCUUGAUAAACAGCAAAAUACCUGGAAUGUACUUGUCCUGUGUUCAUGUUGUUCUGAAGAAGAAAACAAACUUCGUAAUAGUCCAUGUGAAAUGGAGAGCUCACCGUCAAUGCAGCAAGACAGUUGUGUAUGUUGGUUGGAAAAACAGUUGUUUGCUAACCCUUAAUGUUUUGUUUUCUGAAAUUGUACUGUAUAUCCAGAACUGAAAUAUGCUUGGGACUGUAAAGGAAUCACUAGUAGGGUUAUUUACACAUUUUCAAACUUUCUUCAUGACUAAUAAAAAUGAAUAGCAUGUUUACUGGAACACUGAAAAUUGGCAAUAAAAUUGGUCUUCACAUGAACCAAGUUGCAGAAACAUUUGCCUAUGCAAAUGAAAUAAUUUGCAGUGAAAUUGGAAAUGAAUUUAAAAUGUGCCCUGUACUGGGCAAAAGUAAUUGCAUAAAGCCACAUAUACCUACUCUUGAAGUUUUUCUAUUUAAUUUAAAAAAAAAAAAACGUAAUUGCUGCUUUCUGUUCAUCUUUUGCCUACAGUGUUUUAGGUUGCAUUAUUGUGCAGAGCACUUACUGAAACCAAGGCUGAUUCUGUAGCCUACUUAGAAAUGCAGUGUAUUACUUAAAAAAAUAUUUUACACACAGG